AUGUCCUCACGGGAACUGCCGAUUGUAGCAGAGACAAGUAGCAGCCUUGAGACCAACAUUGACGGUGCUGGUGUUGUCAAGAUGUCCACAAACGGCCAUGCACCUCAAUCAUCAAUGCAGGCACCUGGUACCUGUGGUGUCUUUAUUACACACAGAGAAACUCCAGUUUACCGUGGAACCCUUGACAAAUUUAGGAGGUUUGAUACGACGCCCAACACGGGCACGGAGUUUCCGGAUGCGAACCUGGCUGAAUGGCUUCGGGCACCAAACUCAGACGACUUGAUUCGAGACCUCGCCAUAACAGUAUCGCGCCGCGGUGUUGUGUUCUUCCGUGCCCAAAAUGAGAUGACCGUCGAGCUACAGAAGGAACUCGCCCAGCGUAUGGGCCUUCUCACGGGCAAACCACCCACAUCCGGCCUGCACAUAUUUCCCCUGAUGCACACAACGAAGCAGAUCGAUGACAAGGAAGUGACAGUCAUCAGUGACCAAGGUGGGAAAGCAAAAGAUGCAAAGGACGCCGCUACUAAGCCCCGCCUCAGAUUGCAGGACCCCAGUGUCACGCCUAUUCACAAGAUGUGGCACACUGACAGCCAGUUUGAAAACAUACCCGGCGACUACGCCGUACUGCGCAUGGUCGAGCUCCCUCGCACAGGUGGCGACACAGUCUGGGCGUCCGGAUACGACGUCUACGACCGGCUCUCGCCCCCCAUGCGGGCGUUCCUUUCCACACUGACCUUCACGGCUGGCCAGAAGGACAAGUACGACGCAAUCGCCGCGGCGCACGGGCUGGCCUGGUAUACGGAUCCCCGAGGGGCCCCUGAAAACGUGGGCAGGGAGGUCACGGCGACGCACCCGGUGAUUCGCACAAAUCCUGUUUCGGGGUGGAAUACCGUCUACUGUCUCGGCCACCACGUCCAGCGCAUCAACGGCCUGUCGCAGGUAGAGUCGCGCAAGAUCGUCGACUGGCUGCAGGAGACGGUCGUGCUGAACCACGACAUGCACGUUCGGCACCGGUGGGUCAACGAGAACGAUAUUGCGAUCUGGGACAACCAGUGCGUGGUGCACACGGCCACCCCCGAUUACUUGGGCAAGGGGCUUGGCGACAGGAGGGGUUUCAGGGCUCUGGGGAUUCGGGACCGUCCGUACUUCGACCCGGAGGCCGUGGGCCGCGAAGAAGGCCUUGCGAGGGAGGCUGCUGAGUAG